AUGGAGUGGCUAAGCUCAAAAGUAUUAAAGGUUCUUUGGCGACCAACUGUAAAUAUAGUAAGGACAAGGUAUCACUCUGAAAAACAACAGAUAAUAAAGAGGUAUGGUUACGAAGAAAAGCUGUGGUGUGGCGGACUAUUACCUAGAUCAAAUGGUAAACGGUUACCAAUGCCUGAGUACAGACCUGCAAAUCCUUGGACAGAAAAAAAAGCAUUGUAUGGACAAAAUGACUAUAUAGAUAUUCUAGGCAAUGGGCAGAUACACCCAGUUAAAACCCUUUACACAGUUCCUGCUUGGAUUAGAGGAGUCAGUGGAAAUGAAUAUCAAGUACUACUACGCAAGAAAAAGUUGUUUUCUAAAACUGGUUAUCCUGCUGUGAGGCCAAAAAAAUGGAAAGAGCUGGAGAAACGUUUGUUAUUUUUAUCUAAAAUGCUAAAUAGAAAGACAAAAACUGGAAUGUCUAGAGAUUAG